UUUGCUACUGUUGCCAUGUCUUCCCUCGUUCUGUAAUGUAACCUAUUUCUAAAAAAAAAAGACGAAAAAGAACGUAUCCCACUUCUCACGCAUUCACAAAGAAUCGAGAUUUAAUUUUUCUGUCAACCCGUGCGAAUCGUCACGUAUUUUUACUGAUUUUUAAUCGUGUCACCAUGCAUCGUUACAUCCCUAGUGUCGACAGUGGACGGGAUCACCGAUAAGGAACACCUGAGAAAGGUGAGACGACAGAACACAGAGAGGGGGAACGUAACAGUUUGUCUGAGGUUGAAGUAAAACCUCCUCAGGUCAGACUUCUUCUUCUUCAACCUCACCUGAACUCUAACCUGUACUCUGAUCUGAAGAUCCCCUUAGGACACGAUUGAACCAUUCUUACUUCAUGUAGCUCAGUGAAAUAUCCAGAAUCUAUGAAUGUGAAAUAUAUCAGAGGUUGAACUGUCUCCCAGUGCCAUACUGCAACCUGAUUGGCUCCAAACUACUGCAAAGGUACGUCCAGGUGUUAAACUGAGAUCCAAGGUGAUGUGAAAACUCUGUACAGCGAAGUUAUGUCUACAAAGAUGGAGGCAUAUACAACAGGAAAUUCAGACCGAGUGAUCUGAUUGGACAAGAGCUGUUCCCCGUGUGCCAAAAUAGAGAAUAACAGCACGGCCCUUUAAACUACAUGUACCACUACAGCUCUUCUAAUAGUAACGAUACAUCAGUGUUUGUCAUCUGUUAGACUGAACCAAAGAUGAACAUUUUACUAACCUAGUUUAAAAACUAUUUCCUGCUGGUCUGCAGUGAAGGGAACUUCUGUUUCCUGCCUUCAAACUGAAGUUUUCCUCUGAACCUUAAGCUAUCCCAUAACUCAGGGGAGCCUGUGGUUGUUCAUCUCGGUCAGGGCUUUUCUCAGUUCUGGCCCCACAGUGGUGGACAGAACCCCCCACAGAAGUCAGGCUUAAAGGUUACAAGGCUCACUUACUGUCACUCAAAAGUCUUUCAGCACUUGUUCUGCAGCACUGAACAUGCCUUCAGUCAUUAGUUUAUUAUUGUUUUAGUAUUUUUAACCAAACGUACCACACAUCAUGUUCCACACUAGUCGUAGAAGUUUGGCUUUUAUUAUUUCAGUGGUACUUUUCCUUGUUCAGAAUCAUUUUUGUUGUUUCAUUGUUUUUUUUGCAACCUUAAACACUUCGUCAGCAUCACUUCAGUUUCGUAAGAAAAGAGAAGUUGAUCAGUUACACUCUGUUCACUAAACAUAACACCUCCUUUCUUUGGGGUGACCUUCAAAGGUGUAUAUAUAUUGGACCAUGCGUCCUGAACACACACAGUCAGACCUUUGACCAGAGGGCUUCACUUGGUGCACGACUUCUCAUCCUGACGACCGUGUGUACAGUUGACUGCAGUGAUGAAGGGAAACAUGGUGAUCAUCACUCCCCUGUGGUUACUCCUCUGCUGGAUGUCACCUGAAGGCUCCAUGGCGGCCCCCAAAAAAAUCCAGUUGAGCAUGGAACUAAAUUCAGUCGACGACAUGUACUCUGGCUGCAGAGACGCAAUGAUGACCAUAGUCAAGGAAAAGUACCUUGAGAAAGAAAAGAAAUCUCAGAUCUGGAAAAAACAAAAUGUAACGAAGUGCACUCAAGACCAUUUUAAGAAGACUGGUCCUCUAACUGAAGAUCAAGUGCGAGCAAUCUGUAUUUAUACAGAUAAAAUAGCGUACAAGCCGUUCAAUGAAGCAGUUAGAACCAUGGGAAAAAAAUAUGGGGAUAAAGACAAUGACCACUUGUUCGAAUACCACUCUUUACAUUACCUGCUGACAUCUGCCUUACAGAUCCUGAAUCCUAAUCGGCAACCUCGCACUGUUUACAGACGAACUAAAGAUGAUUAUACUGGCACCAAAGAUCAAGUAAUUCGGUUUGGUAUGUUUGUCUCCAGCUCUCUCAGAACAGACUUAUACUCAUUUGGUACAAUAACCUGCUUUCAAAUUGAGACCUGGUUUGGUGCUGAUCUGACUGAGUAUGAAAUGAAUAAAGACCAGAAGGAAGUGAUCAUUCCUCCCUAUGAGAAGUUUAAGAUAACUGACAUUUAUGAAGGUGCCCGUAAAUUUAAAAAGCUGAGAGAUUGUAACAAAGUCUUUAUCUUAAAAAGUGCAGGAACUAAGAGCUAUCUGAACUGUAAGCUUGUUCCCACAUAGACUGAAUAACGUCUUUAUGAUGAAGUGCUUGGUCCUCGCUAACUCUGCUCCCUCUCUUCAUUCACUCUCUCUUUCAUUUGAUGACAUCCAAACAUUGUGUCCCAUCUUAAACACGAUGCUCUGGGUUUGUUUCAUCAUCGUGGGCUUAUGUUCGACACACUUCACCGGCAGCAUGUUGUUAAUGACUGUGUGCAGUCACACACAUUUUUCAUGUCUUGUUGGAAUUUGUUGAAAAAAUUGCUGCUUUGCAUUAAAGAGCUUCAAACAGU